AUGAAUGACAUAGGGGAACACUGCGGCUACCCAGAGUGUCGCCAGUUGGAUUUUCUCCCUUUUUUCUGCAAUGGCUGCAGUACUUUCUACUGUCUUGAGCACCGCAGCCAGACUGCCCAUCGAUGUUGCAAGCGCUCUGGAGCAGGUGACUCUGUUCAGGGCCCUGUUACUGUCGGCUGCAAACGUUGCAGGCGUCUAUUCGUGGUGCCUGAUAAUACGGAUUCUGAAGCAUUUCUUUCCUUGCACAAGAAGAGCGCUGCCUGCGCCGAUGCUGUUAGUCGACUGCCGCGAUGUGCUCUUCAGUCGUGCAGGGUACAGACAAUGAAAUUGUCUUUAGUGGAGUGUCCGAACUGCUCGCAGUUGUUCUGCCUGACACAUCGCUUUCCUUCCGACCAUGAGUGCUCGCAUCGUACAGCUGUCGGUACCGCAUCUCCCAACCACGCACGUGGCAGCUGUAUCAUCGCAGAAGCAGGAUAUCUGAAGGGAAGAAGCGAAGGCGAUGUCUCUGCUGACUCAAAGGAAGUCGCCAAGAAAGACGGGCGCGUUUCUGACGGAACUCAAUGCGUGCCCGCCCACUCGGGGCGUCGAUUCUUGAAGAAGAGAGUUAUGACAUCAAGAGCACUGGCGACGAUGCGAAAACUCGAUGCUAUAAGAAUCAAAAUGAAAUUGAAGCCCGAUUUGUCGAUUUCAGAAGCAGACAGGAUAGCGGUUAGGGUGGACCUAACCAUGGUGCCUGAAGAGAAGCUUACCGCCAAACUGCGUUCCUCAAAAGAUAAAAAGGACGGUGUCAUGAUAUACGUAGAUGGAAGCAAAACCGCGGGAUGGAACCUAGACAGAAUUUGUCAGAAACUAUCGAUUCGCAAUGCCAACGCUGAAACUGGAGGUAGUGCGACGUUCUGGGCACUCGGUAUAUACGAGGCAGAAGACGAUGGCGCUUCCUCUGAUCCAGCAGUCGGUAUCACGAAAUUGGAUCCCGGUGUCAUGCUGAACCAGCUGAUGCAGGAUGGUUCCGUCUUAUUUCUCUUGUGGGAUGAUUUUUCUGUGUGA